GAGACUGAACCUCUUUCCCUAUCUUUGCGUAAGUUUCUUCGCCUAUGGAAGUUGCAAAAGCUGUUCCGGACGCAGCUGCACUAGCGAUGAUUUGGCCAACUUCAUGCAAUUUAUGCCCGUGGAUGCCUUUGCAGAUGUGAAGAGUGGACGACAUGUGCGUGAACUACAGAAGCUCUUGCACACCGCGGACAGUCACCAUGAGAAGAUGGAGGCCUCGGCUCAGCUUGCCAGCCUCGACCACGUCAACGUCACCCCCCACGCCCACGUGCCAGCGGCGCUCACCCGGUUUCCCACGGAGUCGGAAGUGGACGCCGCCGCGACCCACGCCAUCGCGGCCGCUUCAACGCCCAUGAACGAUGUGAACCUGGCGUUCUACGCUGAAGAUCCGGCUUCUCAAGCGCGGGGGAAUCAUAAUACUAGGGAUUGGAUCACGGUCUAUGCCUUGCUGGCAGUGAUCAUGUUUGCUCUAAGCCCGGUCGCCUACUAUGAUAGUUGGAGUGCGCUGCUUCUGGUUAUGGUCUACCUGGCGAGUGUGACCUUGGUCAAGGUCUUUGUCAAGGAGACGAUCAGACUAGGCUUUGAAUAUUCGGAGACCAUCACUUCUCUACACAUGAUGAGCGUGGCUCUGGUGGUCCUGUGCUUCGAACGCCCACGCAUGGCAGACGCUUUGCCAGUUCUACCCAUUGCUGCUUUGAAUGGCGUUUCAGUCCUUACCAACAACAAGGCGUUCCUCUUUGGCGGUGUGGCCUUUGUCUCCAUGGUGGCGGCGAACGUGCCAUUCGUCACCUUUUGCUUGGAAACGAUCAAGGGCAAGCGUAGCUUCACAUUCAUCUCCGUCUUGGCUGUUUCGUUGGUCUGUGCCGGGAGCGUCUGUUGCGUGCGCGGUGAACCGCAAGCCUCCCUGGCAGCCUUCCUCCUGGCCGCAGUGAGUGCCAUGCUGCGGUCCGCGCGAGGUGUGUGGCAACACGAGUUGGUGUCGGUCAGCCCAAAGCCGUUGCACUUGGUCUUUUGGAAUGGCUUGUGGUCUUUGGUCAUCACCCUGAUCACCAUGGUCUUUAGUGAGGGUUUGGCCGGUAUCCGCAGCUUGAGUGGUGCAUCCACGGAGGCGAAGGUGGCACUCGUUUGCUCCAUUGUGGCAGCGGUGCUGCUGAACAUCACCCAAUGGUAUGCUAUGAAAACCUUGGGCGCGUUGAUGUCCAGUAUUGUGGGAAAUUUGAAUCUGGUGCUGGUGAUUGCUUUGUCCACUGCAUGGCUUCACGAGCUCGUGACCCCUUCGCAGUACGUUGGAGUGGCCUUGCUUUGCGCAGGAACCUUUGGAAAUAAAGUUCAAGAUGUGCUGAAGAAACGCUAUGAGCAGAAACCCGGGGCAAGCGCUGCGAGCGAGCCGCCGGGGCCUUCGGAGCCUUCGAAGUGA